AUGGCCAGCAUGAUGAGAGUUUUUCUGAUACUCCUUUGGACCAUGAGCUUGGUUCAGCCAAAUGUACCUCAAGCUGCAGAAGUUCAGGUUUUCCCACCGGUUAACUUCACCAUUACAGUCUCAGCGUUAGCACAGGUACUUUUACACUGGAAACCAAACCCUAAUCAAGAACGAAAAAACUACACUAUUAGAUACGAUGUGAAAAUCCUAAGCCCUGUGCCUGAAGAGUAUGAUACAAAGAAGACUCACAGUAUCCGAACAGCUGCACUUCACAACGGUUUCUCUGCACACAUACGGACGUUACUUCUCCAUAAUGACCUUCAGAUGAGAAGUGACUGGGUCAAGGAAAAACUCCCACCUCCACCAGGUGCUCCAGAGACCUCUGUCACUAACUUGUCCUGUGUUACUCGCAUCACCAUUUCUAGUUCUGUUUCUCUCCAUUGCACUUGGCUUCCUGGCCGAGGGGCACCAGAGGAUACAGAGUACUUUCUAUUUUACAGGUAUGAGACAUACACAGAAGAAUGUCAAGAUUAUUUCAAAGACAAGUGGAACAGGAAUACUGAGUGCAGAUUUUCAGUGACUCAUAUUGAUCCUGAAGAGAUUGACAAACUCAUUGUAAUACACAUUAAUGGGUCUAGCAAGUAUGCUGCAAUUAAACCUUUUCAGCAGUUAUUUAACCAAAAUGCCAUUGAGAAAGUGAAUGUUCCCAGAAAUGUCACUGUAUUCUUAGAGCAAAAUGAUCUCCUGGCCACAUGGGAGAAGCCAAUUUCUCCUUUCGAUAAAGAAUGUUUUGAAUACGAAUUUUACCUCUUCAACUUGAAGUCAGGUAACAAGCAGAUACUGAAAAUAUCCUCAAAUGACUUCCAAUUACCGAUUGAUGUUACCAGCAGGUAUUCCAUACAAAUAAGGGCUAAUCAUCACAUAUGUUGUACGAGAGGAUUUUGGAGUGACUGGAGUGAAAUUAUUUAUGUUGGGCAAAACAAACUGGAGAAUUCCGUAGCCUGGAUUCUUGCUGUACUUUGUGCGUCCACUUUGCUUGUUGCUAUAAUAUGCAAAAUAAACCACGUAUGGAGUAAACUGUUUCCACCAAUUCCAACACCCAGCAACAAAUUCAGAGAUCCCUUCCCAAAUGACUACGAGAGAGCACGCACCUGCACCAGUGAGACGGAGACCGAGUUCGGCAGCUUCGCUGAAGAUUUUUACUGCAGUGCCCUCGACGACUCUGUCUUCUGA